AUGGGUAAAGGUAUUAUCCUGGACAAGAGGAACCGUGGGCUUACAGAGGUGAUCAUUUACCCAAAAGAACAAGAAACACGAGGUCUCAAGUCCUUCGGGCUACACCCGCAGCUCAGCGGUGACCGUGUGCCCGUAACACUGCGAAGAAGGGUGGGUAGAAAGUCACGCUUGAUAAAAGCUCCUUCGGCGCCGGAAAAACUAGUUGCACGAUGCCUCGGGAGUCGGGAGUUCAGCGCGCAAACACGCCUUUCUCACAAAGCUUUCUCAUGGAGCCCCGCCCCUCAGCCAAUCACUAUGCACUUCGCCCUCCAGCCACAUGGUGGCGUCUCGCGGGGGCGCGGCGGUCGAUGGUACAGUCCAUUCUCCCCCCCUCGCGCAGUGGGUCCUUCCAGUCAUAGAAAAGCAUUGUGGGAAGAGUGCGCAGCCUUUCCACCUUCGGCGUUGCGUCCGGAUGUUCUGUCCGGGAGUUUCGAGGAUGGCUGCAGCCUUCGGACGCGUGGCCACAUGGCCUCUGACCGCCGGGGCCCCGGGCAGGAGCGCGCGGCCGCCUUGAGUCUGGUGAGGCCCGCGCCGCAGCAGUUCCAGGGCCGAGAGUCCCCGGCCCUAAAUGCGUGGAGGGCAGCGGCCAGUUCUAGCUCCCGCCACGUUGUCGAUGGGACCUCAGGAGGCCCCGAAGUGGCCCCCUGCCAGGGCUCUCUCGCCAGGAGCUGGAGCGAUGGCUUGGGGGGCGUUUGAGUUUCAUAGACUGUAUGUCAAAGAAAUUUUAAUGGAAGCGGAGAUUUCUUGGCUCUGAAAGGAAAAGGCCACGCCGUGUAACUGCACCUAUGUCUGCCUGCCAGUGUGAAAUCGGGUCAGCGCGGAAGUGCCGUUUAAGGUUUAGAUCUUCAUAACUUUCAGGAUGCAGAACUUGGAUUUUAAGAUGCGGAAAUUAGUGUCACCAGCUUUGGAGCUGAAAGAUGGACGCUUGAAGCAUAGACUCGCUAGCUUAAUCCAUGACUAUGAGGAAGCAGAAAGAUGACCUAAGGGUGUCCUUGCUGAGGAAUUUGACGACUUGAUCUUCAAGAGUUGGUUAGGGUUAUGUAAAAUUUUCAAGAUUACUAAAAAUUACUGCUUUUUGAGCAGUCCAUAAAUGUACAUAUAAAACAGUGGGGCUAUAAAUAAAAUGGUUUGUUUCUCAGAA